GGCGGCGCCGGCGGCGGCGGACGGCGCUUCGGCGGCGAGCGACGUCAAGCCCGAGUUGCGGCGCGCGCGCACCGCUCAUAAAAGUGUGCACUCGCCGCGCGCGCUCAUUCGUUCUGCCGCGCGCACGCCGCGCACCUCGCGUCACACAGUGCGGUUACAAUCCCGACUUUAUUCGUACGCCAAUUGGACUGUUUUAGUGCAAAAUGCCGAAGAACAUACUAGCGGAGAUGGGCUCCCAGGUGGGGCUCACACCAUCCCGACAAAACAAAAAGGAAGCAGAAGAAUGGGCGAGACGGCAAAGUGGGCCAAUGGUCAACCCUUCCUUCGAACCCGACGACUUCCUGCCACAAAGUUUAUCGCCCGUGAAAGACGAGAAGAUGCGGCCAGGUCCCGACAAGGGAAUAUUCCUGGUGAAUAUGAAGGAGAAGAACAUCCAGGAAGAGGAAUACGAGCCCUAUGACAACAGGGUGGUGGAGCAUCCAACUACGAACACGGAAACUCUACUACAUCUGCUCAAGGGCAGCUUAGGGACGGGAAUAUUGGCGAUGCCUCACGCGUUCCACAACUCCGGCUACGUGGUCGGUGCCAUAGGGACGGUGGUGAUCGGCGUGCUGUGCACCUACUGCAUCCACAUCCUCAUCGACUCCUGCUACGUGCUCUGCAAGCGGCGGAAAGUGCCAUCGCUCACUUAUACGGGGGCUGCUGAGGCCGCGCUGUCCGAAGGCCCUGACUGGUGUAAGGCCUGCGCUCCUUAUGCUGCGCAUAUAGUGAACGCGUUCCUACUGAUCUACCAGAUCGGAACAUGCUGUGUGUACGUGGUGUUCGUGUCUGAGAACAUCCACUAUGUACUAACAAACCAGUUCGGAAUACAAAUAGAGGUCAUCCAAAUAAUGGCGUGUAUACUCCUACCCCUGGUGCUGAUAAACUGGGUGCGGGACCUGAAGUAUCUGGCGCCGUUCUCUGCAGUCGCCAAUGCGGUCACCAUCGCCAGCUUCGGCAUCAUACUGUACUACAUCUUCAGGGAGACGCCCACUUUGGAAGGCAAGGAAGCGGUGGGGAAACUCGGCGACUUCCCGCUGUUCUUUGGCACUGUGCUGUUUGCCUUGGAGGCCAUUGGCGUGAUUCUGCCAUUGGAAAACGAGAUGAAGACCCCCAAGGACUUCGUGGGCAAGUUCGGCGUGCUGAACCGCGCCAUGGUGAGCAUCAUCAUACUGUACGUGGGCAUGGGCUUGUUCGGCUACCUGCAGUACGGGGAAGAGGCAAAGGGCAGCAUCACCCUCAACCUACCGUCGGAUAAGGAAGUGCUGGCUAGUGUGGUUCAGUGCCUACUAGCCUUCGCGAUAUUCAUCACGCACGGCCUCGCGUGCUAUGUGGCAAUCGACAUUCUAUGGAACGAGUACAUCGGCGUUCGUAUGCUUAACAACAAGCACCGCCUCAUUUGGGAAUACGUUGUCAGGACCAUCAUUGUAUUCCUUACCUUUGGCAUCGCAGCGGCUGUUCCCGAGCUAGACUUGUUCAUCUCGCUGUUCGGUGCGUUAUGCUUAUCGGCGCUGGGGCUGGCGUUCCCCGCAUUCAUCCAGAGCUGCACGUACUGGUACUACGUAUCGGACUCCGAGCGCGUGCGCAUGAUCAUCAAGAACGCGAUCGUCGUGCUGUUCGGCGUCCUAGGGCUCAUAGUCGGCACCUGGACCUCGCUCGAAGGAAUCAUCAGCAAAUUCUCCGGCCACGACUCUCAUUCACACCCAGUUCUCAACGCGACAGAAAUCUUGAACGCAACAGUCGCAAGCGCCUUCAACUCCACAGAAUCGCUCUAAAAAAUCUUUUGCCUCGCUCUACCGUUCCAAGAACGUCAUUUGACUGUGCCAUCGCGUUACACACUAGCGUGAAGUAGUUUAAGUACGCGAAAAUUUCGUAAGGAGAUACAUUACCUAAGUUAGGUCGACGCGUAUUAUACAUAUGUUUGAUAAUUUUGUUAAUUUAUAAUUAAGUUUAUUUUUAUAAGCAUUUUCCAUUGGUACAGUUGAUGCAGUAGUGUUGAAUGUAUUAUGAGUUUAAGUGUUGACUGUAAACGUUAUUGGACAGCUAUGUUUUCAGUAAUUUUAAGAACAGAUAAGUGUUAGGCACAUCUAGAGCCCAUAUGGAAAAAAUCGAAUGGCACCAACACAAAGAGUGGGCCAUUAACCUACUUAGACAAAUGAAAUUUGUUUCAAAAACGACCAACGUCUCUUCUAAUCGACUUGCCCAUUAAAUUUCUAGCUAUUUUUAACCUAGUUGUUUGACUAUACAAAUUAUGGUACAUAGUGCAUGUUGUGAUUUUAUUAUUAAUUAUUCUGAGAUAUCUGUUAGUAACCGUAGGUAAGUGCCGUUAAAUGAUAAAUGAUAUUAUAGCGAUGGAAACGUUAGGUCUGAACUCAGUUCAACACGGUAUAUCUUUAAAAGACACUUGUCAUUAUAAUGUUGCAAGUGGAAUUAAAGUUGUUUUAGCCGCGGUAUUAUAUCUGACAGUAAUUUAUUUAUACAUAGUUAAAUUUAUUAAAUUAUAAAAGAAACUACGCAUGACUCGGUGAUGAUGUAAUUAUUGUUUUUCCUAUAUGUCCGGUGUUAUCGUUACUAUUUUAUAGGGAAAAUGGAAAACUAAAGAUGGCAACUAUUGUGAAAUGCCGUGGCAAACACUCGUACAACAGUGAGAUUCUACGUCAAAUGAAGCAUGGCAUUUUGUUAGGGUAAGAUUUAAUAUAAGUAUAGUGUUGUAACUAUCAUAGAAAUAUAACAUAGUGGAAUUCCCGACUGCGCCUAUUGCUAUCAUAAUAAAUUGGACAACGCAUAGGUGGAGUGACCUCGCUAAACCAAUCUUUAAGGUAAGCCGGACUGUUGCGAAGGGAGUGUUUCACUUGAUAAUUAUAUUACGCAAACAAACCAAUGUGCCAAUUAUAUAGUAUCGACUUCACCUCGCUCCUUUGUUAAACAAACGAGCUGUACAAAUGAUUCACACACUUUAAAAUGGUUCCGUUUUCGAUUUGUUUUUUCUUUUAAAUACAAUCUGUGAUGUUGAUAGUUGUAUGAUAUUUAAGUUUAAUAGGACUUAUAUUUGGUUAACUGUGUUACUAUAUUCGAUGUGUUUUACACAUCAGUGAUAAUGUGCUCAGAGCGACGUAUUCAGGGGUCGAAUCCCGUAUUAUUAAAAAUAAUAAAAGAUAAACAUUAUAAUGUAAACCAA